CUCAGUUCAGCGUUUUUUAAUCAAAACAACCAGAAACACCACAUGACAAUAAAAUAUAUAUCACAAUAAGCUUAGGUCACGCUUAGAUGAAUUAGAAAAGUACAUUUAAACAACAUCAAUAAUCAACUGUGCAUGUCAAGAAGUAUUAAUGACUUGUCUGAAGGUCAACAGUAGACGGCUUUCGAGAUGUGAAAAACACAAAGCAUUAAGUGAUUCAUUUUGACUACUGCCGGACAACCCCUGCAAUUUUCACAGGAUGACGGUCUACAAACACACUCGGAUUUUCCAGUUGUGCGAGAACAUUACCGGCUGCCGGUUGCUCAGUCGUGUUGUGUUGUUGCUCGCAGUGAUCUGUUAUGAAUCGGGAAAACAUGACGAACAGAAAAUAAAAGUGUACGAAAGCGAAAGCCGCCAAACGUGAAAACAAUUUCUCGAGUAUUUUUUCCCUUAAGUGUUAAGAGUAAAAAAAAGUCGAAUAAUUGGGAACAAGAGUGUAAAAAGUAGUGGUUCUUAUAAUACAACACUUAAAUAACUUUCGAUUGAAAGCAAAUUGUGCAAAAUUAUUCUUUGUGAAAACCGUGAAUUCACAAAUCAGUCAUUUCCCAUCAAGUCCAUGAUUCCUAACCACAAGGAUUAACAAACAUGGAUAGCGGAGAGGAUUAAACAGUGCAUUGUGAUCUUUAAAUAAAAUGUGUUGAUAUGCGCCCAACGUUACUUAACAAGAUUAUUCAGUAGGUUGCCACAUUAGAAAGCAAAAGGAAAUCAUAAAGAAAGUUUAGUAAAUAACCUAAUUAAGCUGUGACGUGCAAAUACAGAAGUGUGGUUAAUAUAAGGCUUUGCCCCCAAAAAGGCGUCGUCACAUCAUUCCCGACCAAAAACCGGUCUGACAAUUUGGAUUUAAAUGGAUACCGUUCAAAAAACCGGAAGGAAACACGGCACAAUGGUUAUGGCAAUGUUUUUCAUUGCUGCCAUGCUGUCUGUAGUUAAAGAAUCAUUUGCCAUCCCAAGUGGACACUUCCCAGAUAGCAAUUUUCUAGAGGAAGAUAGAUAUUCGCCCGGGUUUCUCACACUUGGGCAAAAGUAUAGUAUAGCCAUCGGUUCCACUGUAGUGCUGCCAUGCAAAAUUAAUGAGACAGAAAACUCUAGCCAAUACGUACUGGCAUGGAAGCGGGACAUUGCCGUACUAACAGCUGGAAAUGUGAAGGUCACGGUCAAUCCAAGAAUUCGCUUGAUGCCGGUUCAGGCUCACACUGAUCCGCAUGGAGCAUUGUCAACAGGGUACAACUUAGAAAUUCGAGAUGUGCGCAACUCGGACGCCGGAGACUACAUUUGCCAGAUAGGUUCAAUGGAACCGAAAGAAAUAGUACACACACUGGAAAUAUUGGUACCUCCUAAAAUUGACUACAUUUCACCUUCCAACAAAAUGGACAUCCACAAAGGUGCACCAAUACGCAUGGAAUGUCGAGCAUCCGGCAAUCCUACGCCUAAAAUUAUUUGGUCUAGGAAGAAUAACGUGAUGCCCAAUGGUGAAGCCAACAAGACGGGAAAUGUGCUCGACAUACUGCAUGCUAACCGACACAGUAGUGGUCAUUACAAAUGUACUGCAGAUAAUCGGGUCGGUCAAGCUGACACACGAGAGGUUUUCGUAAAUGUGUUGUAUCCUCCAGAAAUUGAAGUUGAACAACCCAUCGUACACAGCGGAAUCGGCCAUGAAGCUCAGCUGGUGUGCAUCGUUCAUGGGGAGCCUGCACCUAGCGUUGUUUGGUACCAGGACACAACUCAACUAGGCAUAACUGAACAAUUCUCCCAACAGAAUCGUGGUAACAAGUACAGUCUCGUUAUUCGAAAUGUCACAUACUCUGAUAUUGGUAACUAUACCUGCCAGGCGUCGAAUGCUCUUGGCAAAGACCGUGCUACGCUGUCCCUUAGCGGGUUACCAACGCUAUGUUACUUUGACUCGCCCACACUCAGCAGCUAUCGAGAUCAGUACAACAUUUCCUGGACGGUGCAAAGCUACUCGCCGAUCCGCGAAUACCGACUAUUCUUCCGACUUGCUUCGAAAAACAUGCACCUUUUGCACCACGAAAAACCCCUUGACAAUCACAUCUACAGCGAUCGGGCGACGGCCAACAGUCACCUGUACAACAGCCCAUUCAGUGGCAGCGUUAGUGCCCACGGUGGCGACCAGUGGGAAAACGUUGUCAUACCGGAGAUGAAUGAUUACGGUGCACCCAAUCACUUCUUCAACAUGGUUCCACCGUACGCCACCUACCAGCCCACAAUUCGGCAUCGGAUGAGCUUCCAGUUGAAGAAUCUCAAACCGGCUAGUAACUAUGAGGCACGGGUGCAGGCGCGAAACGAUCACGGCUGGAACAAGCUGUCGAGUAUAUUUCACUUCUCCACUCGUUCGGAAGCAGAUAUGGAACUGGAACCGUCCGCCCAACCAGCCGUCCAUGGUGCCGGGCUGCUAGAUAAGGGGCUGCUGAGCAGUAGCGAUGCUAGUACGAUCGCGAGCACUCAUUUCCAUAAAUCAUGGACACUUUCCAUUUUCAUCGUAUUAAUUACCACACACCUACUGCCGUCGCUGUGUACUGCCUUAUCGGUGGUAUGAUUUGCGUAUCUUCCACUUUCCAUGCCAAUGAAUCAUUGAAUACUCGCUACAUGGAUUCACCAGCAGUACGCCAGCAUCGUCACUUCCGUUUCCAGUACACCGCCGAAGCCACCAAAAAUCCACCGAAUUUCCUCACCGGAGGCUCAGCUACAUUGCACCGUGCUAUGGAACCGCAGGUAUGGAAACAUAUUAUCAACAGCAACCACUAAUUUAUGGGCAACAGAAUUUUCAAGCAUGCAAUCGACGAUACUCAAUUUCAAUUUGCCAUUAAUCUAGUAAAUUAAGUUCAGUUCAUAGACAACACGUACUCUCAGCCCUUAUCAUGAAUUAUGGACAAAUGAGACAGUUGUUUCGAUUACGAUGUCAACAAAAUUGCAUGCUAAGAACUUUAAGACAAAUACAUUAGGUGUAUUUUGAAAAUAAGCGAUCACAUGUUUUUCUCUCCAACAACAGUUGAUUACAAUGUAAGCACUUAUACGACACACCAUGGCAUUGGAUUCAGUUUUGUACAUGACUUGUUUUUUUUUUAAUUUGUAUUUUGUUAACAAAAAGAAAUUCGAUCAUGCAAAGAUUCAAUUCUUGCAUUUUAGUAUUUUAUUUAUGGACAAGAAUAGACAAGUAAUUCAAUGCAAUUAGUUACAUUGAACAAAGAAGAAAAACAUGUAAGCUUUAUUUUCAUACUAUAAAAGCACAGCUAAACGGUAAAUUGAACACUUGGGCACAUUACACCACCCCCGGAUGGCUUAAUGUAAUCUGGCAAAAGAAUACAAAACAUUCAUACUAAUUGCACUACGGAGCAGACGUUCGAAAUGGAUCAUGUAAUAUAUUGAUAUAUUUAGGAAUAAUAAAAGGACGGUGUAUGGCCAUAAAUAGAGUGUCACAUUUACGAUCAAAAGCGAGCAAUGGAUGUGAAUUAACAGCGUUCUAACUGAAACAAUCUUCCCAGAUACUCUGUACAUGUAAUAAGCUGGAUCAUCUCGUCUGUACGUAUUUUACUCUUAAAAGUGGUUUGAAGGUGUACAAUUAUCAUUCCGCACAUCGCUUCCAUGACGCGCAUAAACCAUUGUAAUCAAGAUUCAUUCCAAUUCAUUGUCAAACCGCAUUACCAAAUAUCAACCAAAUCAACUAAUAAAAUAUACAACUAAACCAAACCAGCGAUGUGAGACCCAUGUCAUACUGGAUUUGCGUAAAUAUAGUCAACAUAAUCAUUUUCUUACCAUGAAUUUAUCAAUUUAGCAGAUAGUACUUCAUAUACAAUAUGUCAAAUCGUCACGAGUAUGUGUAUAUAGAGCUUUUAGCAAAGUAUAUUCCUUCCACACUACAGCAGCACCCACAGAUAAAUGCACUGAAACUGUCAGUCCGAACAGAUUCUACAAGUUUCUAAUGCCCGACUGUUGCAUCGUACGCACAUCAACUAGUGAUGUGAGGAAUAAUAUUUUCGUUCUCAUGUAAAAAUAAUUUAUGUUAUGGGACCACAAAGAAGAGUAUCAAUUACAGCAAUCGAGGGCUAAGAAGCAAACAUAAUGCUAGAUAAAUAUGUUGCGCAAUAAGAACAAAUCCAAUCAAAACCAUGUUAACAUUUCAAAUAAAAUAAAUACAUUAUUUGAAGUUAAUCAGAAUGAAAAAUAACUUAAGACGAAUAGCAGCUUUGACGCAUUUUGGGAGCAUUAUAAAUCUUGUUACCUCGAAUGAAUUAUGUUAUUACACGUAGAUUUGCAAGAAUAAGAAAAGCAAUGCAAACUCAUAAUUCUGCUGUAGGAGAUUGUGAUUUUUCAGCAAAUUUAGUGAACAUUCAUUUUUUUACUAUGGAAGGUCAAAACUAAACAUAACGCUUAGUUUAUGUUUCUCUUACUUCGUAUAAAUAAACUAAAUGGACUAUGCACACUCGAAUGUUUCUAAGCUCUGAUGAGUUCUGUUGACAUAACAAUUAUUGUUUUAUUGUAUAGGCACCAAAACUAUACGAUUUCGAAAUGGCUGAUAGUCACGUUCAGGGUGUCAGUCGGGUUGGUUAACAGUAAAAUUAAGUCCGUUUAAAGAACUUUCAUUUCCAGCAGGGUUUAGCAAAAAAAAACCUUGUAACAAGUUGCGCUACGUACGUGGAAAACAAAAUAUUUUGAAAUGAAUAUUUUUAUUCGUAGGUAUACAUUCCCAAUUUUGCUACCAUAUGGUAAGCCUUACCCGAGUGUUAACGAAAGUUUUGCGUAAGCUUGACUUUCAAGAUUUAUAUUCAUACAUGAAAACAUUAGACUCAUGCGUGUAGAUGCCGAGCGCCUUCACCAAAUAUGAGCCGUGCCAUAUCAUUUCAAACAUAUGCCAGCGACAUCGCAAAAGAUGUUAGCUGCACUGCUGAAUGAAAAACUGAAAUUACUUUGAACAGACUGCGUACUUUCUGCUAAAUGAAGCACACUUUGCUUUUAUUAAUUUUUUGAAAAGUUGGAUUUGCAAAUAAAAAAGCCAUUAUUAGCAUAUGCAAUUGUCCAACUUACGUGUACUAAGACAAAUACAAAACAUAAUUUUAAAAUUGAUUUUGAUUAAACACAACAAACUGACAAAUCGUGAAAGCAUGAAAGGAUGCUAGGAAGGAUCGUUGGAAAACAAACAUGAGUAGUAACAGAUAAAGGAUGUAAGAGAUAAUAUAAACGUUUUAGAAAGAUGAAAGUUUUAUUUAUAUCGUCAUCACUGGAUGAGAAGACAUUAGGAAUAGAACAUGCAACAUGAACAGGCGAGCUAGAUUACACAACAAAUGCUAUUUGACCCAAGCAGUUCCACAAAUGAAUAUUUGUGCUGAUUGAGUCUAAAAGAGAAAAGUAGUUAUACAAAAAAACAUCCAAUGAUUCGAAUGUACGAUAUACAAUACAUUAACAACGAAAAACUGAAAUACAGUUCAAUAAAAUGAA